AGAGCAGGAAGACGGAGGAGCUUGCCGUCUGGAAAACAGCAUCUUUUCCCGCCACUCCGCUCCUACCCUCCUGUUCCCUCUCGGCAUCGCUCCCACGCUCCAGCUCCCAAGAUCCCUCCCCAUUUCUCUGGAGGUGCAGCUUAUGGAACUGUGUGUGCGUGUGAGAGAGAGGGAGUGCUUGAUACUCAGCACCUCCUAUUUGUCCCCCUCUCUCUCUCUCCCUGCAGCUGGGGUGGGCGUGUGGUGGUGGUAGAGAUCUGACCCUUUCUGUCGCCCACACGCUCUCGUUUGUUUUUAAGCGGGCUAUGGAUGGAUUGCGUUUACCUCCACUCAUCGAGGAGGCUUUGGACUCUACAGAUGAUCUGAGCGAGCAGAAAGCAGACAGCGGCCCCGACAUGGAGCACAUCACCGCCAAGGAGCGAGGCGUCCUGGAGGAGAACAACGAGAAGGAGGACAUGGAGCAGGAGAGAGCUCGGGAGGAGGAGGAAGAGAAGAAACUGAUGGAGGAAGGAGGCGAAGACGAAGAGAAGAAGCUGACAGAAGAGCAGGAGCUGGAGGAGCUGAAGGGCCAGGUGCUGCAGCUGCUGCUGGAGUUGGAGGACGCCAGGGAGACGUCCAGUAAACAUCAGGAGAGCUUUUUGGAGCUCCAAGGAUUGUUGGAGGAUGAACGUCUGGUCAGCGCCCAUCAGGCCGAAGCUUUCACUCGUCAGAUCCAGAAUCUACAAGCCCAGCUGCGCUCGGUGCAGGAGGAGAUGGACAGCCUGGAGGAGGAAAAGGAGAGCGAGCUGGCCGAGGCGCAGGAGGAGCUGCGGGUGGCCCAGGAGGAGGUGCUCCUGCUCCAGCAGGCGGCCGAGGAGGCGGCAGCUGAGCGCGAGAACGACAUUGCCUCCCUGCAGGAGGAGCUUUGCCGGCGACGGGCUGAGCUGCAGCGCCUCAGUGAGGAGACGCAGGAGUACGAGCUGGAGAUCACCACGCUGAGGGCAGAGAUCAGCAUGAAGAGCCAGCGCAGGGAGGCCGAGAGGAGGGAGGGUGACGUGGACCUGCUGAAGGAGGAGUGCCGCAUGCUGAGGGAUGAGUGCCAGACCCUGAAGGAGGACAACCAGCGCCUCUCAGAGAGGCUGCAGCUGCUUCAGAGACAGAGGACAUGCUCAAGUGUGUACUUGUCACUGAAAGAGGAGGAUGCUGGAGAGGGCACCGAGACGGGCACAGACGACAUCAUGACAGAGAGCUACAUGACCAUGGCCCAGUCGGAGAACUGCCGCCUGGUGGAUGCCUCCAUCCAGAAGAACAUCUCCUUUGACGGCAAGCCCAUGACGCCAACCGGCUGGAGCGGUGGCAUCGGUGAGAUCUUCUCGCUGAGGGACCAGCUGAAGCAGGCAGAGGAGAAGGCUUCACAAGUUCAGAGAGAGUGUGACGGACUGAAGCAGGAGCUACAGCAGCUGCAAGAGCUGUAUGACAGCAGUCAGAGGGAGAGGAACGAGCUGGAGGAGGAGCUUCAGCGCUGCAAGGAAGAGCUGGAGAAGUUGUCUGGGGGGGCUCAGAGAUUCAUCCAUCCAUCUGAGCACCCUGUUCUCUCCAUCCCCUUCAUAGGAAUGAUUGUAAUAGUGGCUGUGGUCUGGUGCUGGUUGUCGGAGCUGGCGUCCCAGAGAGCAAGGGGAGUGAGCUAGGUUGGAACUCCAUCUUGACCGUCACCGCGGCCGCCGCCGUGCUGCUAAUGAUGACUAGCUUGUUGAGGGCGCUCGUCCGAUGUUGACUGGGGUGGCCGGCCACUUUUAAAAAAGACGGACGUCAGCCUGAGAGCUUGUCUCCCGUCCUUGUCCGUUGACUCAACUGGAAUCCUCUCAACAUGACGGAGCCCCAAGUGUUAAGAGGCUGGGGGAGGUACGACAUGACGCGUGCACACACCGAGGAGGCUGAGGAUGCCGCCAUGGCGACGGGCUGAGGACAUAGCCACUCCUCGUAUGUGAAUAUUAUCUCUAUUUUAGCCUUCUGUGUGUACCAGAUCCUUUUGUUAAACCAUUAUUUAUUGAUUUGCUUGGUUAAAUAUUGUGAGAAAAUAUACAUGCAGUGAGCAUUUAAUGCACUGAAGUGUACAUAUUCAUUGAUGGAUCGUAAACAUGUUUUUUUGCCCCAAAAUGCAAUAAAUGCAAAAGACGGCAGACUUUACCCAUCAUUAACUGCUCUGCUCUAUAUAAUAAUGUUUUUGUAAUUGUCAAAGAUGAUGAGUUGUGGCGAACAAAGCGCCCAACUCUGCAUGUAUGUGUAUGUAUUAGGAUUGUAACGGUAUGCCAUAAUCACGAUUUGGUAUGAUACCUUGGUUUUAAGGUCACUGUUCAGUUCAUUUCGGUACAGACAGGGAACCUAAAUGCAAAACUGCUGAGCUUUUGUGUUGACGAUUAAAAAAAAAAAAAUGAAACAGCUAAAAGGCCAUUCUCCAAUAAAUACAAUUAUCAAAUUAAAAAAAGAAAUAAUAUACAGUAGAAUCUGUUUAUGUCAACACCCCUCGGACUGGCUGACUGACGUUGACAUAAGCGGCUGUCAAUUUGACCAAAAUCUAAAGUAGCCACGAAUUGCACAUUUACAUGUGACCUUGGCCACAGCUAUAAGGACAAUAAGUGAUCCAUCCAUCCGUUUUCUAUGCCGCUUAUCCUCAUUAGGGUCGCGGCGGUAUGCCAGCUGACUUUGGGCUGGUCGCCAGCCAAUCGCAGGGCACAUACACACUAGGUCCCCAACUUACGAACACCCGACUAGCGAACACUCGCGGAUACGAACACAAGCCGACUGGUCUAUAUUUUAUUUUAUUUUGCCUUGUAGUCAGUCGCUCAAUCAGUAUUUAUACUGCUACUGUACAUGCUUGACCAAUAGAGGGCACUGUGACACUACUAAUGCAGCCUUAGAGCUAAUGAGAUCAACACAGGAAGAGUUAGACGCUGGGGAGUUAAAACUAAAUGGAAAGCUAAAUUGUACAAACCGGACAGAGCGUGUGAUUAAAGUUUAUGAAGAGUUAAUAGGCCUGCUUAAUUCUACACCACCCACAGAACACUACCUCUUUUAGAAGAGUCUAACGAUGACGACUUGUCCUUUUUUUCAAUAUCUCCGCCAACUCCUCCACAACGACGUAUGCUCGGCGACUCCUCUUCAAAGGUAAAUAACAUUUAUCAUUACGUAUUAUUAUAUCACUUUUAUUAUUGUUUUUUCAUUAAUUAUCCUCGUUUAAUAUUACUACUGUAUCCAAACUCAUAUUUACAUACAUACACAUAUACUGUAUAUGUAUACACGUACAUGUAGUACCUAUAUCAUUGGUAAUAUUACCUUUUCCCCUACUUAAGAUCGAUUCAACAUAAGAACGGUCGUCUGGAACCAAUUGUGUUCGUUAGUUGGGGACCUAGUGUGUAGACAAACAAGCAUUCACACUCACAUUCAUACCUAUGGACAAUUUAGAGUCUCCAGUUAACCUAACAUGCAUGUUUUUGGAAUGUGGGAGGAGCCGGAGUACCCGGAGAAAACCCACGCACGCACGGGGAGAACAUGCAAACUCCACACAGAUAUGCCCAAGCGGAGAUUCGAACCCUGUGUGGCCAACAUGCUAACCACUCGGCCACCUGGCAGCCACAAUAAGUGAUAAUAUAGGAUUUUUGAACCUAUAGCAGUUUGUUGACAUUGUUUACCUCCAUUCCAUCCAUUCAUUUUGCUUUGCUUAUCUGGACCCAGGAUGAGGGGACAGUCUCAGUAGAGAAUCCCAGACUUCCCAGGGAUGCCAAGACAUUCCGGGGCAUCCUCUUGCCACUUGUAUCUAUGAUCUUGUUGUUUCGGUCACUACCCAAAGCUCAUGACCAUAGGUGAGGGUAGGAGCUUUGCUAGUAGCCAGUCUAGUAGAGUCACCACAUUACUGUAGACGGUGCGAUCCCUUGCAACCGUCCCUCACGAGUGAACAUGAUCCAGAGAUACUUGAACUCUUCCACCUGGGUCAAGACCACACUCCCAGCUAGAAGGGUGCGAUCCACCCUUUACAUCUGUGUACCAUGGCCUCAGAUUUGGAGUUGCUGAGUCUCAUGCUGGAAGCUUCACACUCGUGAACGUUGACGUUACAGCUUAAUGAGGCCAUCAGGACCACAUCAUCCGCAAAUAGCAGAAAUGAGAUCCUAAGGCCCCCAAACUAGACACCCUCUGAACCCCUUGCACGAAGCCCACGCCAGCUCCUUUGCAGAAACUCCAGAGUAAACAAGGUCCAGCUCCUUUCGAGUAGUUUGGUUCUAGAGCAUAAACUGUGGAUCGAGAUGAGUUGAGAAGUUCCGACGAGACAUUGUCGGAAGUUCUCGCACGAGGUCAGGCUCCUUCACCAUCAGGCAGGUGAUGUUUCUAGCACCAGGUACCCGUGCUUUCCUCUAGGGUGAAGCCUCGGUGUCCCAUAUUCGGGUGAGGUAGGGUCUCUUGUAAAGUUCUUCUCCAUUGGGUCUUCUGAAUUACUUGUUGAUUACGAAUACAUGUAACGUUACACCCCCAAUGUGUAUGUGUGAGGAUAAACACCUGCCGCUGUUUUGUUUCAUUUUAGCUGCAGGCUGUUUCACUUCCUUCACGCCAUUGUUGUCUCAUCAUCAACUCCCACUCCCAAAAUAAUUGUCACUUGAUCGCAGUAAGCGUGGCGUUCUCUGAUGAAUUUUGUCUGCUCUCGGGGCACAGUAUUUUGUGUGUUUGUGUGUGUGUAAGAAAAAUAUCUCAGCAGCUUUGUGGCCGGAUGGAAGCUCUUAAUGCCUUACACCGACUAUUAAGACUUCUCUUACUUUGGGCUCUAAUUUCACGCCUGACAACGUUCUGACGGCGCAAGCAGGGGUUAAAUGGCUCGCUUAAGUGUGCUGUCGUUGUUAACAAUUGUAAUUAUUGCAGGUACAUACUGGGGAGAAUGCUGAAAGUCUGCAUUCACUUGUUUAGUGGCAACUCAGCGUUUAAAAAAAAAAAAAAAAAGCUGCUUUAGACAAACCAACCAAGAUGGAUCGGUUUUAAACUUCCGUAUAGCAAAGGUGUACAUACUGUAAGUUCACCUGUUCUGUGGAAGGCUACUGUUUACACAUGACAAAACACACUGUCAAAACUUUUUCCCGCAACAAGAAAAUUGAUGGAUGUGUGGGGCCACUUGGACACAUUUUGUGCACUGAAGAUGCUAAACCCAAUCCAGUGUAGGUCGAAAUAUGCUAUCAGAAGAAAUCCACAUCUUAGCUUUGUGUCAUCAGUUCAAUCACCGUUUGGUCCGUAUUUCGGUUUUAAAGUCACCGUUCAUUUUCUGUAUAGCGGUGGUUCUCAGUUAUUUUCUGUCAUGCCCCCACCAGGGGACAGAAAUGUUUUUGUGCCGCCCCGAUUUGAAAUACUAUUGAGAAACUGAUAAUAUCUGUCUAUUUAUCUGCACUGUACGGACUGAACUCGAAACUGAAACCAGGGAAAUGCAACAAAAUGGAGAGCAGCGAAGCAUGCAAGCGUAUUUAAAAGUCAAAUUGCAUGCUGAGUACGACAAACUGAUACAUGCUGGCAGGCCUGCACUAAAAGUGAAAGACCUCACGCUCCCCCAAAAGUUCACCCCCCGGGGUAGCCCGCCCCACUAUUUUAGAAGCACUGCCGAACAAGUUUCAGCUUGCAGCCACGUUCCCGAUCUCUACUGAACAAUGCCUGCACACAGCUUCCGUCUUACACACUUGUUACGUAUUUCAAGGCCAAUGACAGAAAAGGGUUUUCAAGUCUUGCUUCUCCUUGCUAUCUAUGCCUCCUCCCCGCGAAAGGCUUCUCUGCACUGUAUUUGUUUCCGGAGCAGACGCGUGACUAUAUCGCGAGGCAGUUACACUUCCUGUUCCUCACUCAGUGUGUUCCACUCCGUACUAAAAAAAUCGUAUUCAAUCUUAUUCCAAAUACAUGUACCGUACAUGAACUUUCUUUUAAGCAUGCUUGAGCAAGUCCAAACAUACGGGGUGGUAAAGUACACUUCAUGUCAGGUCAUGAUGAUGUCACUUUAUAUAUUUCCUGUAAAUAAGACAUAUGGUACUACUAUAUCUGGGAGAGCUAUUUCCUAAAUUCCAUUUGUACUGGCUUUGUAGAAAGUUCUAUUUUGAAAAGAGCAUCAUAUAUUUGAUAUAGUCUGAUGUAAAAUGUCUAUUUAUGGUGACUUUGUUUCAAAGAAUAAUAAUAAAAAUGAUAAGAAGUUGUAUGUUGUGGCUGCAUGCAUUGAGAUCUGAACUUUAGAUGCCAGCAAUAUGACUCCAUGUCUUGCCUGUUCAAUUCUGCAAACUGUGUUCAAAUUGUUUGUCAUGAAAAGUGUUCAUGAGCUAGGAAAAGACAACGUUGCAACAGAAUAUUGUAUUUACUUGAUCAGCUCUGAAUUAAACAUGCCAUUGACUGCAAUAGAA